GAUCCAUGCAGUUCACUCCUCUGCCUCAUACCAUACGUUGUCGUAUCCCCGUCAAACAGAUCCACCAAUCUUCUUCUCCCACGGUCUCCGUUUUUCUUCUUCUUCAAUUUCUUUCUCUCUUCACCGAGAGACCAAUGGAGGACCUGUGGAAGCGCGCCAAGACCUUCGCCGAAGAAGCUGCGAAAAAGUCUCAAACUCUCACCCCUUCCUCUUCCCGGAUCGCCGAUCUCGUCUCCGAAACCGCCAAGAAAUCCAAAGAACUCGCCGCCGAAGCCUCUAAGAAGGCCGACAUCCUUAAAUCUGCCGCCCUCCGCCAGGCCGACCAGAUCAAGUCUUUCUCCGACACCAUCGCUAUCCCUCCGCAAUUCGCCGCCAUUGCCUCCGCCGCCACCACCGCUUCCUCCUCACCGACCGCCCCGACGCCGGAGGACCUCGAGAAGUUCGGCGUUUCCGACGACCUGAGAUCCUUUGUCAGGGGCCUCACUUCCACCACCUUCCAGAACUUUCCUCUCAGUUCCGAUGAAACUGAGGUCUCUGAUGUGGCCACUGUGGGAUCCAAUGUUCGGAAGGAUCUCAAUGAGUUUCAGGAGAAGCAUGCCACUCUCGUUUUAACUACUGUUAAGGAAAUUUCAAGAUUGAGAUAUGAACUAUGCCCACGCACCAUGAAAGAAAGACACUUUUGGAGGAUAUAUUUCACACUUGUCAACACUCAUGUGGCUCCGUAUGAGAAGCAAUAUAUGGAGGAGGUUCAGCUUAGAGCAUCAGCAGAGAAGAAUGAGGAAACUAAGGUGGAACAAACUCCUGUUACUGAAGGAACUGGAAAGGCAGAAACAACAGGGAAGAAUGUGAAGAGUAGGUCUUCUAAAUCACCCUCUAAUGAGCAAGACUUGGAUACAUUUCUUCUUGGAGAUCUUGAAGACAGUGAUGAAGGUCCAGAUGAUGGUGAGGGCAGUUUUGAUGAUGAUUUUGACAAGAUUGGCAAUUCUGAUGUUGAAGAUGAGAAGCAUGCGAAGAAAACUGCUGCAACAGUUUAGGAUUUUAGUUGAAACUGAAGUAAAAGUGAACUUUGCUGCUGGCAACUACCCUGAGAUAUCAGCGAACCGUGAAGGCAAAUGAUUGUAGCAGCCUGUAAUUAAUGAAUGGAGGCUGUAGAUGUUUUGGUGAAUGAACUGGUCCGGAAAAAAAGUGAAGUAAUUCGUCAUUAUUUAUUUAUUUACCAUAAUACCCUUUACAGUGGCAGAUUAAUUCUGGACAAAAGGGUGGUGUUGAGACCUGUUGCCUUGUACAGUUAACCUUGUUCGUUACUGAAGUGUUUCGAUUUGAUGUUACUUUUAGUAUAUAACGUGAGCAUAUUGAUUUUCGGGCUUAGUACGUGGUUGGCAUUGUGAUUAGGGUAAAAGGGGGUGUUCUAUUCUAUUUAUAAAAUGUUUUAGAACUAUUCCAACA